AUGGAAAAUGAGUAUUGUGUGACCGGUCUACAGGUAGCCGCGGCCAUAGUUCGCCGGGACUUUCAAGCAAUAUGUCCGUCGUACACCUUGGCGGAUAGCGACCAGCAACCCAAGAAAAAAGCCAACACCGGUCAAGCGAAGCACGAACAGGUGCUCUACCGGCCUUUCAACGACGAUGCGGCGGCUGUAAACAGGUACCUCGCCGCGUCACCGAGGGCGGUAGAGGUUUUCGACCUUCUCACAAGCGAUGAGCCGGAGGCCCAGAAGCCGGGGUUGGCGUUGCUGUGGUUCAUGCUUAAGCGCUGUCCAGCGGCGGAACUGAAACAACAGCUUGCCGACCACGUUCUUACCCGACUAUGCGAACGCAUACCGCAGCUUAUCGCACUAGGGGACACAGCGCUCCAUUACCUCCUGAGCACUGUGCUAGAAUGCCUGCUCGCGGCGCCCGAAGAAAGCGUCCGUGUGUUCCUCACCGCUUUCACUUUCCACAAGUUCUUGGGGAAACACGCCGUACGCAAGGGGGCAUGCAGCGCAUUCUCGGUUUCCCGGUUCUACGCAGGGCUGGUGGACAGCGGGGUCGUAGAAGAUGUGGGACUGCGCGACUUUCUGCCGACGACGAGUGGCGACACUUGUGACGUCGCAGACGUCGUGGAGCUGCGCCAUGCCAACUCCAAGAAGCAACUCUGCAUACUUCUGAUGCUCGGGCUCAAAGGCUUCAACAUCAUACGGAGAUCUACGGUGCUGCACCAAAUAUUCGAGCAUGUCAAACAGGAUGGGCUGCUGGAUUCCAUUUGCACCAUCAGGCUCUUCAUACUGGUCAUGGCGAACGUCAUCAGCACGCAGUGCGCGACACUCUCGAUCACGCUGUGCAACGCGCAGAGAUCUGAUUUGCCUGAAAAUGUAAUCGCCGCAGUUGCGGGCGCGCUUUCCAACGCCAUUGGACAGAUCACAACGAUGCCUAAUGUGCAGCAUGAGUGGAUGAUACGCCUAAACGGCACAGUUGCUGCCACGUUCCGGGACUUCGUCACUAACGUAAAGGAUAUGUGCGAUGUCGCUACGCUGGCCAAAGUGCUGCUGAAAUUCGAUGCCAUGCAACUGACGAUCGUAGAGAUUUUGCUCCCAUUCUUGAAAGCGAACGCGCAGCUCGGGCGGCACUAUAUGCCCGCCCUGCGAUGCAGGUUCAAUGGGGUGCUGGAGCACAUCGUGCUGGUCAAAUUUGCCACUCAAUGGUUUAAGCACAUAUCGCGACUUCAAAUAAAUCAGGGGGAGGCGCUGGAAUAUCUGCCGUCGUUCCUUAAUCACUCGUUCUUCAACGCCGGGCUACUAUCCAACAACCGCUGGGCACGUUUGGGAACGCUGCGCAUGCUAGUGGCGCUCAUGAGGUUCGUCACUAGUUCAGCGGGGAAUGAAUCGUGCUGUGAUAUUCAUCCAGACGUUCGUGAAAAGAUGUGCAACACCAUACCAGACUUCAAGACGCUGCUCAAUGUUAAACCUGCACCGAAAGAUCAGACUGCUGCAGAUGGGCCGAGUGUAUCACUUAACAUCAAAAAUGAAACCAGAAUUAUGCUGUCAAACGAAUUGAAAUCGGUUGUAACAGAAGAGUCGGGUGAUAUCAUCUUAGAGAUAGACGACGAUGAUGGCCUAACGGAAUGGCUGCAAUGUCUGCAUCUGUACGGCAUCUUCGUAGGGAUACGAGAAGGGAGGAGUUUGUACGACCCGUGUAAGCUCUUAAAAGAAAAGGUGAUAAUAGACAAUGCCAGUGAGUUUGCAGCUGUAAUCAAUAACACCGAUGACGAAACCAUAUGCACCAAAAAGCUGCGGUCGGUGCUGCGACUCGACAUGGCACUGGUAGACUGCCUCUUCAGCAUAGGCGUGGGCGAGAUACACAAGGGGGUAGCUCUGAACAAGGUGCAAAGCAUGUGCUUUAACUUUGUCCUACGACGCUACACUGAACUCAAAGCAGCCAUGCAACGUAACUCAUGGGACGAACCGCUCAUCAAAAGCUACAUGCAUAAGUGCGAACAUUAUGUUAACCAAGUGUUAAAAGGCAGUGGUGUGUUUCCCAGUGAUCCAUCUCCGUGGAUGGGUGCCAUUCAGAGUCAGGAGGAUUAUCACAUUUUCCUAAAGAUAUUCAACCACUGCGUGCAGAUGCCAUUAGACGCGCUUCUGGGGUCACUGACGCAAAAAGAAGCUGAGAAUCCGCCGACAAAGUACACGUGCGUCAAUUGCAUUACAAGUCUGGAAUUUGACGGUCCACUUAUUCUGCGCCUAUCACUCGAAUAUUUGUUGCACCUAUGCAUCGAUUCAAAGGACGCCCUGCAGUGCGAAUCAUGUGGAAACAGGCGUGUAAACAUGGUGGUGGCGUUGCGCAACACGGGUGAAGAGGGUAAUAUAGACCCUUUACAAUACGCGAAGUACAUACUACGAGCCUGUGGUAACCCCUCGUCAGGAGCGUUGAAGGGGCACGCAAAACGUGUCAUCCAGGCACUCCUGGCAAAACACGACAUUGUGAAAGAGGCUUACGGCACUAUGAAACCACAAAAGGCGGCAGUGAUGGUAGAUGCGCCAUCAAAGAUUGCAUUCGAUGCAGAAAUGCCAAGCAACGAUAAGCAGGUGCCAGUACAGGACACGUAUCUGAGGGCAUGUCUCGUUGUGAUAGAUGCUGUCGAUAAAUUUUGCACGGACACGGUGUUCAUGCAACAAUGUGGACGCAUAAUAAUUGAAGUAUUAUCGACAAGGCAGUCAGAAUUGAAUGGUGUCAGCGUUAUCAAGCAAAAAUGGUGCAAGGACAGGUAUGCACAUUUUGUCGACAGGUGCUUACAAAUGGACUCGUUCAAUUUGUAUACCCACUUGUUUUCAAUCCUUGUGGACUUGUUAGGCGAUGACAAUCGUUUAGAGGUGGCACCGUCCACGUUCGAGGGCAUAGAAUUCAACGACGAUAUAAGGUGGAUGCAACUGCUGUACCUCAAGUGCCGAUGUACAUUGGAACCCGAGCAUAUCACAUCUUCCGUGGAUUUCAAAGAACGUUUCACGAGUAUAUUGCGUCGGAUAUGCUCAGGAUAUCGUGAAAAUGCCACUCACAAAACGGCAGCGGCUUUAGCCAUCUCAAAGCUUUCAAAGGUUGUACCACCAUCUCUCCUGGAAUACCAGGCAGCGGAGGUUCUUAAGGAUGUAAUGGAGCAGCUAAUCAUGCCUGAAAAUAGGUGCAUGUGUAAAGAUAUGUUGCAGUGUGAAUUUGCGUUCAUAAAAUACAUAAUGGAUAUAGCUUCUCGAUUGGCGGAAACUCUGCCUGCAUCUGAGGCAGAAACGGCAAUUGCUUUAUUGCAAUCAAAACCCAUGUUAAAACUGACAGACGCAGUAUGUGAACUAAACAGGCCCAACUAUUUUAUUGGCGACACUAUCGAGUCAAACCUCCUGACGUCCCACGUAACGAUGUUGCGGUCGUUGGUACGAUUCGUUGGACCUCGUUAUACGUCAAACGUCACAUUCGAUCGGGCUGCCGUGUGCCGCAUACUGGAAGCGUUGAAAGGUUGCUAUAGGUGUUCAUAUGACGAGAGUGAUCUUGCGUUAAAAGAUGUUAUCAUGACUUUAGUGACGGUAGCCAGCCGCAUGGUGGGUGACGAGAAGUCGAUGCCCCUUAGGUUACCGGCCUUUCAAGAUUUCACAUGCGUCAAUGGUCUAUCGUCUAUGAAUUGUGAGAGCGCAUCAGACACAAAUAAGUUAAUGAAUGUCGAGGGAUCUGGCACCACCUCCGGCGACCGUGGCAACCUCAGCCAUGGUGUCUCCCGUGGAUGGUUAACAAUGAUAUCAGGGUUCGCAUGUAUAUCCAAUGCAUCCAAUUGGGUAUGUAUGAACGCCAAACGAGUGGCUAUGACUCUGUUGAAAUUCCCAUAUAAACGCGGGUCGGAAACAACAAAUUUGAAGACCACAUUUCGCAAUCUGGCUAUUCUUUUCCCCCCUGCAGUGCGUAAAGCUAACAACCGCAGCGAUCAUAUUUUUGGCGCUAUUACACUUAUCAACAAGAUUCUAGGAAGCAAUAGUAUGUAUAUGCAGCAACUCAUUGUAGGUGACCCUUAUAUAUACGAUGUCGAAUACUUGGUUCCCUUCUUAACAGGGCGCCUUUGCGGGAUGUUGUGCGACCAACUGUAUCAAUACAAACUUGAAUUUGAAGACACCUUUAGACAGAUGGAGAUUCGUGGUAUUCAACUCGAUCAUAAUUACGCUCCCAACCGAUUCGCCAAGUGGUUUUCACUAUCAGAAACGACCGAAGCCGCUGGAAGAAUAUAUGCUCAGAUACAGCAUAUGCAAUUUAAUGUUGCGUUGGGAGAAUCUUUCAGCCCCGUGCUCAUGGAGCAGGUCGUGAGAAACGGAGUGGUUGAGCUUUGUAUACUUGGCCUUGUAUCCGACAAAACGCGCAAAUACGCGCUUAAAGCUCUGGGUAUAGUUAACAAAAUUAUUCAAAAUAUGAUCGAUGCGGCCAUUGUACGAAGCGCUCUUCCCGGCAGCAGUGGGCCGUUCAAGAUUCGUCGUGUUGGACUAUUUGGUGUAUAUCAGCUACACUCUUUGAUAUGUUUCAUACAGCGGUGCCAGUUAUAUGCUAAAUCAGGCAAUGAUGCUUUACACGUGUUACUAGCGUCGCAAGUGGUGCGCCGAGUGACAAAGCCGGAGGAUCCGCUAUACCAACUCGUGAACAAAUACCUCCUGCUACGGUUUGAAGUCAAAAUGGAUGAUGUCCCGCUUUUUUUCGAGUGCUUCACUGUACACAAUGCUAGUGAUAGGCUAAAUUGCCUCUCAUUUAUCCUUCAGCUGCUGCUGAGCUCAGGACACCUCCUAAACGAUUACGGCAUUAUGUUCCGCCGACGAGUGUUUCAGCAGAUCAUGUCGUUCUCCCUUGUAGAAACAACGACUUACGAGCAACGAGUUCAAAUCUACGCAUUCAUGCAACUCUUUAUAAAGCGAAAUCCCGGAACGGUCGAUGAACUUCACUCUAUCGGAACGGCAACAUGGAUUGCAACCGCGUCACAUGUAAUAUGGGAUGCUGCUUUUAUCGAUGAGAAGGAUCUCGUUUUUAGUACCUUAAUGCUCUCUCCUCUAACAUUAAUGGCGAGGGAUCUUGCAUUAGCCACCUGCAGACAACAUGUUGACGGAUCCGAUGGCAAUGGUGAAAUAAAAAUUAACCCACAGUUCAAGUCCCCAAUGGUAUGUGACAUUGAAAGUGAUGAUAAAAGCGUUCAUAAGCGUCAAAUUGGUAUCACUAUAGAAUCCAAUAUAGGAGACGCUGUGGCUACUUUUGAAGCACUGCAGCGAGUUGCUGAAGCGUGGUAUAAGAUAAUAACACAUGUUCCACGCGAAAAAAUUGCCAAUGUAACGUCUGACGGAUAUCGUAUAUAUUUGUAUGCUUUGGAAGAAGGGUUAAAGAAUUUGAGUGGGACUUUUUUGCCGCCUAAUGCCGGCGCAGGGGGCACAACAAGUAGCAUGAUUUGGACGGCCGUGAAUACCGCCACUCUCGCAGUCGGACGCCUAAAUAAUGUUAUUGCGGAUCUACUGUGA